AUGGAAAACAUGAACUCAACGCAAAAUUAUUCUAAUAUACAAACACCUUUACAAAUUGUUGAAAAUAAUGGUGAACUCAACUUUCAACAUACUUCAACCCUGGGAAUGUCCACUAAUACGAACAUAAAUACCUCACAAACUAGUGCAACUGCUUCUGCACCUACUUUUGAAUUUUACCUUCCCAUACCGAACGAUACACGCAUUUAUCAUGUUACUUAUACAGAAUUAAAUACUACAACAGAAAUUGCUCGACAUUUAAAUAACAGAAUUAAUUUAUCUCAUGUUCCUUACCAUCAUUUUCAACACCACUAUAAUGUACAAACUUCAAUUCGACAACAGAUUGUUCAACAAUCCGCUGACCAUCCACAAAAUAUGAUUCAAUUAUAUUCGAAUGAUUCGAAUGACAAUACUUACAAUGCGUCAUCCAUUUCCGGUGAUAAUGUAAAUAAUAUCUAA